AUGAUUCAUCAUAACAGGUUUUGUUGCUGUGAAACUCGACCAAUCCAUUUCCAAGAUUCUCUAUAUGUUAGGAUGUUGGCAUGCUGUAGUGAUUUGUUAGACAGGUCAAAAUACCCGAGCGAUCCAAUUGAUAAUAUAGAUCUGAAGGGAGGGCGUCAAUUUCUUUGGGGAGGCAGCGACAACAAACAUAAGAUUUGUUGGGUGUCUUGGAGUUGCGCUCUUGGGCCAAAGGAAAAGGGUGGACUUGGUAUUGGUUCUCUUCGAUCCUUGAAUCUAUCGCUUCUUACCAAAUGGCUUUGGAGAUUCAAGAAUCAACCGAAUGCACUAUGGAGACAGGUGGUCUGUGGUAUUCAUAACUUGAGCAGGAAACCGAUUCAUAACCUUGUUAAGAAGUCCCUCACUGGCGUAUGGUCUGAGAUCUCGCAGGUGGUGACCAUCCUGGAGAGUGAAAGGAUUAAUUUUAAUUCUGUUUUUGGAGUUAAGAUUAUGGCUGGAUCUAAUACGUUAUUUUGGCUUGAUGAUUGGGAGGGGGUGGCUUGUUUGACUCUCGAUUUCCUAGCCUUUCGAUCCUUGACAAGAAAAAGUCAUGUUUCGUUUCGGAGCGUAUUCUCCCAAAUGAGUUCAAAUGGGCCUGGAAGAGGAAUGCUUCAAAUUUCUUUGCUUUCCGAAGAUGGGGUGUUUCAUGUGCCUGAGCUUCGAUGUCUUAUUGAUUCCAAGAUAACCUCACCUAUGGUGAAUCCCACUGUAUGGUUUCACAUUCCCCCCUUAAAAGUUAUUUGCUUCGUUUGGAGGGCUUUCAUUGAUCGGAUUCCGACGGUGAUGGCUUUGUCUAAAAGAGGUGUUCGUGUCGGGGCUAAUUCCAGUCAUCUAUGCUCCUCAGGGGUUGAUGACACUGAUCAUUUAUUCACGGGUUGCUCUUUUGCCGGAGAUAUUUGGAAAUGGUUGUGCCAUUGGUGCGGUAUUCCCUUUCGAUCGUUCAAUAACGUCUCGUCAUUAGUGAAGUUUGCGGCAAAUUGGGGUCAAUGCCCAAAGAAAAAGAGAAUUUUUCUGGUGAUUGUUUAUGGAUUCCUAUGGUGUAUUUGGAAAGCGAGGAACGAAAAGGUGUUUAGAUCUACUAGUGCUAAUGCUCCUAAGGUGGUGGAUAAUAUUCUUGCUUUGGUGUUUGAUUGGGUUAAACAUAGGGGGAAGUUUAAUAAUUGGAAUUAG